GCGGCUCGCGGUGUCUGCCCCGGCGGUGCCUGCCUGCCUUCCUUCUUCCCUUCCUUCUCCUCUCCUCUCCCGCGGGCGAGCAUGGCGACGGACUCCUGGGCGCUGGCGGUGGACGAGCAGGAAGCGGCCGCGGAGUCGUUGAGCACCUUGCAUCUGAAGGAGGAGAAAGUCAAGCCAGACUCCAAUGGGGCUGUUGUCAAGGCAGAUGACAAUGCAGAGAAGACUGAAGAGGAGGAAAAAGAGGACAGAGCAGCCCAGUCGUUGCUAAACAAGUUAAUCCGCAGCAACCUGGUGGACAACACCAACCAAGUGGAGGUCCUGCAGCGGGAUCCGACGUCGCCCCUCUACUCCGUGAAGUCUUUUGAGGAGCUGCGGCUGAAGCCGCAACUAUUGCAGGGAGUGUAUGCCUUGGGUUUCAACAGGCCCUCCAAGAUCCAAGAGACGGCGUUGCCCAUGAUGCUUGCCGAGCCUCCGCAGAACCUGAUUGCACAGUCCCAGUCCGGUACUGGUAAGACGGCGGCUUUUGUCUUGGCUAUGCUCAGCAGAGUGGAACCUGAUAACAAAUAUCCGCAGUGCCUGUGCCUUUCCCCGACUUAUGAACUGGCCCUUCAGACGGGGAAGGUGAUUGAACAGAUGGGCAGGUUUUAUCCGGAACUGAAGCUCGCCUACGCGGUUCGAGGCAACAAACUGGAGCGUGGCCAGAAAAUCGCGGAGCAGAUCGUCAUUGGCACUCCGGGCACCGUCCUGGACUGGUGCUCCAAGCUCAAGUUCAUCGACCCGAAGAAGAUCAGGGUCUUCGUCUUGGACGAGGCGGACGUCAUGAUAGCCACCCAAGGGCACCAGGACCAGAGCAUCCGUAUCCAGAGGAUGCUUCCCAAGGACUGCCAAAUGCUGCUCUUCUCAGCCACCUUUGAAGACUCCGUGUGGAAGUUUGCCCAGAAGGUGGUUCCGGAUCCCAACAUCAUCAAGUUGAAACGGGAGGAGGAGACGCUGGACACCAUCAAGCAGUACUACGUCUUGUGCAACAGCCGGGAGGAGAAGUUCCAUGCGCUCUGCAACAUCUACGGCGCCAUCACAAUCGCGCAAGCCAUGAUCUUUUGCCAUACUCGCAAGACGGCUGGCUGGCUAGCGGGGGAGCUCUCGAAGGAAGGCCACCAGGUGGCGCUCUUGAGCGGCGAGAUGAUGGUGGAGCAGCGAGCCGCCGUGAUCGAUCGCUUCCGAGAGGGCAAGGAGAAAGUUUUGGUGACCACGAACGUCUGCGCCCGAGGGAUUGAUGUGGAGCAAGUGUCUGUUGUCAUCAACUUUGAUCUGCCGGUCGAUAAAGACGGGAAUCCGGAUAACGAAACGUACCUUCAUCGCAUCGGCCGCACGGGGCGCUUUGGCAAGAGGGGCCUGGCCAUUAACAUGGUGGACAGCAAGCACAGUAUGAACAUCCUCAACAGGAUCCAGGAACAUUUCAAUAAGAAGAUUCAUAAAUUGGAUACAGACGAUUUGGAUGAAAUUGAGAAAAUAGCUAACUGAAAUUACAGCUGCCGGAAUUGGUGCGCACACCCUCCCAUGGUAGCUCUCCCACCUCAAUUGGAUCAGCAUCCUGACUGGCACGGAUCUUAGCCAGUCACACGCAAAGGGACGUCUUUAAAGAUAACGAAUACACGGAAAUUACCUCAUCUUUCAAACAAAAAUGCGGCUGGACUUGAUUUAGGGGGGUGGUGUGCAAACUCUGGGGAAAGAAGAAAUGUUUACAAUAACUUUUAACUUCUUUUUUUUUUUUAGUUUAGCCUUAAAAUGAGGCGAUCUCUUAAAUUCUAAAGAUGAUGCCAAAAACAUAGCCAAUUGAUUAGGAGGGAUACAUGCCCAUUUUUAUCUCUGAGAGUAACUUCGUAAACAUGCCCAAGCAGUAUAUUAGUUCAACAACCAAGUAAAUAUAUCUAUAUAUCCAAGUUAGUUUACAUGAGAUUUUCCCUUAGAGCUCUCAAUUUUCUAGACUUUUGUAGAUUGCCCUGCUAUUUCCUUAAGUUUGCUCUUUGGUAAGCUGAACAAUCAAUUGAUUUCUUACGUUUCCCUCCCCCCCCCCCCCAAGCAACGAGCUUUGGGAACUACUAUUUUGGACAGAGUUUUGAAAUCCUCAGCCUCCUCGCAGGACUAUCCAGUCACUGGAGGUGGGUGAGUGGGGAACUGCAGCUGUUAAAACUGCGCAGUUAAGGUCCCUGCAGAGCAGACGUUGCAUUUUAAAGAAGGCGGUAGUAGAACGUGCCCGGCGUGAUACAAUGAAUAUAGGAUGCACUUCAACUCUGCCAUACCAAAUAGGCAUGGAGAAGGGAUUAUGAAUAAUCCAAUUCGUCUGAGAAAUACAUUUCCAAUUUGCACAGUUUCAAGGUGUACCUCCAGUUUUCUGAUUCAGAAAGAAAAGUGCUGUAACUCACUUCCACCAAGCUGCUGCCCCUGCAAAAUCCUGCAAAGGCACUGAAUUAAACACAACUAUUUCCCUCUCUCACUGCAACACAACACAACGAGACCCAGCAGAUGGCAGUGAAAAGCCGGGGUGGGGGAAUUGAAGAGUUCAGGAAGGAAAGGAGGGUGAAAAAGAUGAUGCAGUGAAAGGUUCCUUUUAAGAAUACAGGUAUUAAUUCACCUCUGAGCAUGAUUGCCUUGAAGGGGAUAAGGUUUUAUUGGGUUUUGUGUUAGAUGGCGAAAGUCCCUGUUUUUGAUAAUGGCGCAAGUCUGCACAGUCCACCAGGUAUGGCUAUGGUGCGUCCCAGCAAAGAAUGUAGCGCACACAGGAUUCUAGCUUGGUGGCCUGCAUCUGAUGCUCUUUUAUGGGGUUGCCUGCUAUUUGUCCAAUCAGUUGCUGCAAAGUGUGUAGGUGUUUUGAUCUGGGGACUAAAACAAAAUCAGACCUAGGAUUGCGAUGACCAAAAAAUAUCCUUCAGCAGGGUCAUAACCGUGUGUGCUUGUUGGCUUCAGUUACGGGAGACCAUCUGCUUCCAUUGUGCCUGACAAUUGAGACUCAUCCCAGCAUUUUUCUUUGCAUUUGGGUUUUCCAAUUCCGCUAUAGCGACGUUAGCUGCACAGCCAGGGUUUGGGAAACUUCACCUGCUAUAUAUAUAUAUAUAUAUAUAUUUUCUGGGCAAAGUAGAACUUAACGUGUUUUUACUCGCAAUAGAUAGAAAAUUAGAACAGGCAGUAACACAGCUCACUGGCCUCCUACUUGGUACAGGAAUCUCUUCUAAACUAAUAAUAAUAAUAAAAAGUAAAUUCUGUAUUUCUUUUCUUUUUUUAACUUUGGCUGUUAACUGUUCUGUUCAGUGACAGAAAUUGGAUUCUUUUACCAAGUAAAACGAAAAGCAAAACACACAAUCUCAUUUUUAAAAUGUACCUAAAUUUUUAGGAAGUUUGCGUGCAGGCCUCUUACCCAUUUGUGUAACUGGCUUCGGGGGGUGGGGAGGGGGCAGGUUUAAAAAAAAAUACAUAAAUAAAUCCACAAAUUUUGUAUGCCAGGGCAUAUCUAUUUUUAUUCCACUGGAAGUGGCAGGUGAAUGUGUGUGCUCUGUGUGCGUGGGGUGGGGUGGGGGGGCAGAGGGCCUCGGACCGCCUCCUUUGGUACCGCUGUAUGACAAUGUGAGAGCAGUGUGCUGGCACUGAAUGGUUGUAGGUAUUGCUGGGCCGGUGUGCUCUUUCUGAUGUACUUUUCAGUUGGAAUAAAGAACACAAAAGACUCACAA